AUCCGCCGCCAUUUUACUCCGGCGUUGAGAAGAGCGGGAGGGGGGCGGUGGCGGCGCCUUUUAGACACCAGUCGCUGCCUCCUCGUUAUCAAAAAUACUGGUUAGCGAUUAGACACUCGGCGAAAUCGCCGGGGAGUAGGCAGCACGCGAGAGCAGUGGGACCAUUGACUUUUAUUUUCCAGUUAGUUAUUUAAACAACAAAACUCUUGGAUAUGCCCUGUGGCAGACGGGUGUGGGUUGGUCCAGGGUGUGUUUUAUGAGGUAAACCCGCGCCCUCGGGCUAAUUAAACUACAUUCGGUAGGCGUGCGAGGAAAGGAGCAGGCGAGCCUGCGGCCUAGGCGGCGGGGUGGUGGCGGCCGGGCUGCGGGCGCCGAGAUGGCGUCUAAUUUCGACGUGCAGGACCGGGCCAGCUGGUACUUCGGCAGCAUGAGGCGGGACGAGGCGGUGUCGCUGCUGCAGGGCCAGAGGCACGGCACUUUCCUGGUGAGGGACAGCCGCACCAUCCCCGGCGACUACGUACUGAGUGUGAGCGAGAACUCCAAGGUGUCUCACUAUAUAAUCAACAGCCGCCCGCAGCCAGGCUCCGGCCCCGGGCCCUCCCGCUUCCGCAUCGGCGACCAGGAGUUCGAGCACCUGCCCGGCCUGCUGGACUUUUACAAGAUCCACUACCUGGACACCACCACUCUGCAGGAGCCGGUGGCUAAGCCCCCGCACCUCGGGCUCGGCUCCGGCCCCGGUGGCCCUCGACAGCAUCAGGACACCGAGUACGUCCGCGCCCUCUUCGACUUCCCGGGCAACGACGAGGAGGACUUGCCCUUCCGCAAGGGCGACCUGCUGCGCGUUAUCGACAAACCCGAGGACCAGUGGUGGAACGCGCAGAGCGCCGACGGCCGCUGCGGCAUGAUCCCCGUGCCUUACGUGGAGAAGUGUCGGCCCAGCUCGGUGCUCGGGCCGGCCGGCAGCCCGGACAGCUCGCUGGCUGCGGCCCAGCAUCAGCAGGGCAGCGGGCAGCAAGAGUUCGGGCCCUACGCUCAGCCCAAUGUCAGUACCCCGCUGCCCAAUCUGCAGAACGGGCCGGUCUAUGCCCGCGCCUUCCAGAAGCGGGUGCCCAAUGCGUACGACAAGACGGCACUGGCCCUGGAGGUUGGAGACCUAGUGAAGGUAACCAAGAUCAAUGUGAGUGGCCAGUGGGAAGGAGAGUGUAAUGGUAAACAUGGCCACUUCCCUUUCACUCAUGUCCGGCUACUGGAUCAACAGAACCCUGAGGAGGACCUAAGCUGAGUGGAUUUGUUUCAGAGAAAACAACAAUUUGAAUUACAGAUGGGAACAGACUUUCUAUGGUUCCAUUUCCUGACAAACCCCUCCCCAACCAACCUCGCACCCAAGACUUUGGCCCUCUAAUGUUUACACUAGCCCAGUAAGAUUGCAGUUAACUUGACUAUGGAAUGCCCUGUCUUUGAAACUGUUUGCAGUGACAGCGCUGAUGUAUGCUUUUGACACUGCUCUCCUUUUUGAUUUAACGGUUUUAAUGUUCAUUGGUGUGUAAGAGUCACAUGGUGGGCGCCUUUGGAGUUGAGAGCUUCUUCCCUAACUAAUGUUCCUGCAAGUAUUGUGGCUGUUAAUCUGGAUGUAUGUGUGAGAUGUUUUUUACAAAAAGCAAAUGCAACGUCACUUCAGGUCAAGUGAGCAAUGAUGGCUCCAGUUCAACACUAAACCAUGCUGAGCGUCUGCUCUCAGCCCUGCUGUGUGUUGAGUUAAUUGGGGAACUACAAUUACCUUUGCUGUCCCUGAAUUGGGUAACGGAGUGAAAAGAAUAGAAUCAUUCCAAGUUUCUGUUCGUCAUCCUGUAUCCUUGUCAGAAUGCCGGAAUUGUAUACUUGGCCUGAAGGUGGGAUCAAGGUCUUCAAUUGUGGUUGAACAGCAAGCUGCCCCAUUGGAUACUAAUUAACUUGUUUGCAUGAAGAAUUGGUGUAGUGGCGCAGAUGUCACAGCAUAACCAUUUCCCAGCAAUUGGAAAGGACAGCAGUCUCUCUUGCAUGAUCUCGCACAACUUCACAGUUUGUGGGGACAAAUACUAAACACUACUGGAUAGGGAUGUACCAUGAUAAGUUCAGCUGCGUAAAAAGCAAAUCAUUUAAAAUCAUUUGUCUGAAUCACUUUAACAAUCGCAGUAAAUUAUUUUAUUUUGCAGUAACCAUUAAAGGGACACUACUUUUUUUCCCCAGAAAAUUGACAUCAACCAGGUUAGGAAUAGCUUUUAGGACAUGUAAACAUCUCACUGUCAGCUACGUUUUAUUAGCAAACUCAACUGUUUUACAGUUUGAUCAUUUGUCAAUCUAAAAACAUCAAAUGUGACAAUCUUAUUGAACCCCUUUUCCAAGAUAUCUACUUUGCCAAUAAACACCUUAACUAAUGCCAGGAUUAUGCAAGAACCAAUGGAAAGAAAUGCAAGUAUAGUUAGUCUUGUAACUUGCUGCCACAUAAAAUAGGAAACACUACAAAAAAUUAUGUUGAAGGAUAGGAGGGUAGAGGGUUUAAGUAAGUUAUGAUCUUGUUUGCUAAUCGUGCAGCUGGUUUGUGGUGAUGGACAAGGGAAAUGAAUUAAUCAAGUUUAUUUUUUUUGCUGAUGAACACGUGCCUAAUGUUUAUGUACACUUUGCCAUUCCAAACAAAGAAUCAUGUUUCUCUACAGUGUCAAUGAAAAUGCUCUCUUGUUUAUCAUGCACUACCUAAAUCCUGGCACAUUCCUUGGACUAUUCUUUCCUGGAAACUGCUUAAUUGAUCCCAGGAUACCUGGUCUUCCAGUUGUUACUUUGACUGAAGCCCCAUUGCUCUUGAGCAAAUGCAAAUUACACAGCACAAACAUUUAAUAAUUGUACAGGAGGAUGUAAAGAAAGAACAAGUACAUCUUCUGAACUGACCCGAGUGUCUUAAUCUUUUAUGUUACUUAUGACACAUAGCACAGUUAAAUAUAGCAGUUAUACUAACAUUUUACAAAUGGCUUCUCAGAAAUUAUUUUCCUUUUAAACCUUAUUUCUGCUCUGAGAUUGUAUUAAAAUUCUGUAAAAAGAAAAAAAAGAUGCUGUUUAACAAUUGUAACGAAACACAGACAUGUAUUUAUUGUUUUAAGAUUGCUGUGACCACUUUUUCUUUGAGCCGAUGGCUGAGUGUUUAAACGGGCUGUGGUAUAGAGCGUGGAAAUGGUGUGCUGGUGGCUGAUUGCACCAGAAGCAGCUCCUACAGAGCUUGUAGAACUGAUUCUUGGCAAAGGCGGAAAAUGACUAGUGAGAGGAAUAGGAAAGAGAAUUCUGUUCAACAUUUAACUAACAUCAAAUGUAAACAUUUAGUGGCCAAACUACUAUGCAAUUUAAUGUCAUUUGGGGCCUGUAACUUCUGGUAGCAUUGCAGAAAGUAGUUAUCUCUGCUUCCCAAACAUUGAUAUUCAUUAGAAUGAGGUUUUAUUCCAUGUUGGAAUUUGUGACAUUUUGCUUUUCUCACUGGCCAUUAAUGCUCUUAGGUUAAAUUUAGACUUGGAACAUUUGCUUAUGUGUUGCUUAUCAUGAAAAAAAUUGCUAAAUGGAAAUUAAACAUACAGUGCCCUCCAUAAUGUUUGGGACAAAACCCUGCCAUUUAUUUAUUUGCCUCUGUACUCCACAAUUUGAGAUUUGUAAUUUAAAAAUGUCACAUGUGGUUAAAGUGCACAUUGCCUGAUUUUAUUAUAGGGUGUUUUUAUACAUUUUGGUUUCACCAUGUUGAAAUUACAGCUGUGUUUACACAUAAUCCUCCCUAUUUCAGGGCACCAUAAUGUUUGGGACGCAAGACUUCACUGACGUUUGUAAUUGUUCAGGUGUGGCCUCUCUUAUUGCCUCCUUAAUGCAGGUAUAAGAGCUCUCAGCACCUAGUCUUUCCAUCACCUUUGGAAGCUUUUAUUGCUGUUUAUCAACACGAGGGAAAAAAUGUUGUGCCAAUGAUAGUCAAAGAAACAAUUAUGAGACCGAGAAACACAAAUAAAACUGUUAAGAGACAUCAGCCAAACCUUAAGCUUGCCAAAAUCAACUGUUUGGAACAUCAUUAAGAAGCAAGUGAGCACUGGUGAGCUUAUUAAUCGCAAAGGGGCUGGCAUAUGAAGGAAGAUCUCCACAGCUGAUGACAGAUGAAUUCUCUCUGUGAUAAAGAAAAAUCCCCAAACACCUGUCAGACAGAUCAGAAACACUCUUCAGGAGUCAGGUGUGGAUUUGUCAAUGACCAAUGUCCGCAGAAGACUUUGUGGACAGAAAUAGAGGCUGCACUGCAAGAUGCAAAACUACAGGUUAGCCGCAAAAAUAGGAUGGCCAGGUUACAGUUUGCCAAGAAGUACUUAAAUGAACAACCACAGUUCUGGAAAACUUGUGGACAGAUAUGACGAAUAUUAACUUGUAUCAGAGUUGAUGGCAAGAGUAAAGUAUGGAGGAGGGAAGGAACUGCCCAGUGCGAACUACUUUCAUUCACAUGACAUUGCUGUGUCCCAAACAUUAUGGUGCCCUCAAAUGGGGCACUAUGUAUAAACACUGUUGUAAUUCCUACAUGGUGAAACCUAAAUGUAUAGAAAUUGCCUUUAUUAAAAUCUGACAAUGUGCACAUGUGAUUUUUUUUCUUUCCCCCCCCCUUUUUUUUUUUUUCCUAUUACAAAUCUCAGAUUGUGGUGUACAGAGGCAAAUAAAUAAAUGAUGGUCUUUGUCCCAAACAUUACGGAGGGCACUGUAGAUCUAUGCCUGUAUCUCACAUCUGCCAUUAGUAUUCAAACAUCACAUUAGGACACAACUUUUCUUUUCAAAUAGGUCUACGAUGCAUGAUGUGAGUUUUUAAAAUUUCCCCACCAAAAUUAAGGAAAUAUAAGGAUAGCUCGGGUUUCACUCUGGAGAACUGGUAUAAUCAUGGUUUGACAAGUGUUUGAAAAAUGUUUAAUUUGUGUGCAAACACACUGUGCCUUGACGCAAACAUUAUGUUCGGUAGGGAGGUAUGAAUAGGUGAGAUUUGUUUAUCUUCAGAUAUUGCGUUCUUUAUCCUUGGUAGAAAGGGGAACAGAAUGAGAACAUGGAUGGCAUUGACAGAUGAGUGGUUCUCAAUAUAUGCAUUGAUUUCCAGUGUUUAAAUUGAGUUCAUUUACAAUACAAAGAUCAGCAAAAGCAGAAUACACAAUGUUAAAAAGAAUUGGGAUAUAAAUGAUGUAACUGAUUCAACCAGCUGGCGGGCGUGUGAGGAGGGGCAAUGGGAGAAAUGGGAAUAGUCAAUACAAGUUCCAUAUUAUAUUGACUUAUAUUGUCAAUAUAGUAUAGAACGUGUACAGUAAAUGUGCUUAUUGGUUUGUUUCUAUUUUCCUCAACAGUACCUUGUAAAAGACUGAAAGAGAUGAGCCUAAGCUGGAAAGGUUCACAAGGAAGUAUUAAUGGUGUGUUUAGAAAGGAAUUGCAGAUGCUGGAAAAUCAAAGGUAGACAAGAAUGCUGGAGAAACUCAGCGGGUGAGGCAGUAUCUAUGGAGCGAAGGAAAUAGGCAAUGUUUCGGGCUGAAACCCUUCUUCGGAGAGGAGGUUGUUAAACUGUCUUCAGAGGGGAGAGGAGGAGAACUUCUUCAAAGUAGGCAUACCUUGAGGAGAUUUUGCAAUGGAGUAGACAAUAUUUAAGAAGAAGGAACUGCAGAUGCUGGAAAAUCGAAGGUAGACAAAAAUGCUGGAGAAAGGCUUUGUUUCCUGUUGGUCACUCUGCUCUUAAUUGUAAACAUGCACAGCAUGGGGUUUGUUAUGCUUCUAUCAGUAUUUUUAUCUUAAUCAUCAUUAGCUUCAGUGACAGUGGUUGAGUGUAUACAUUUUCACCCAAAAUGGGGGGGGGGGGGCUGUUACUGGUAGACAUACUAUGAAAAGUAUGAAGUUUGGCUAUUUAAAAAAUAUAAAAAACAUUCUCUAUAUUGAAGCUUUUAUAAUUAUGGGGACAAUGUUUGGCCUCCUUUUAUACAUGGCUCCUUUGAUGGUUUGCUGCUACUUGUGAUUGCCAAAUUCUUCCAACUUUUGAAAGCUUUCUUUAGAUCAGGAAAGUGGAAUGGAACAAGUUCUCUAUAGCUAAACCUGUUGAAUUAUGUUAUUGUGCCAUUGGAAGAUCUGUAAUAAUCCCUUUAAAAAUAGUAACCUUUCCCUUUCUGGGUUUCCCUGUCAGUCUAUGGGCAAAACUAUCAGGUGUGGCUGUGGUUUAUUUAUCCUUAUUGAAGCCUCCAGGGUGAUGCUCCUCUUUCCAUUUACCAUCCAGUCAAAUAGGAAAGAAACAUGUUUCCUUUGUGCAACAAGUGGGUGCUGUUGGAGGUCAGAAAAAGACACAGCUAUGAUUUUGUAGAUUGUGCAAGUUUGUAGAUGGACUAUUUAAUUCUUCCACUCACAAGCACGUCAGCACACUAGUAGAACUUUCCAAAUACCUGAGUGGUAAUCUUUUGUAAAAUGCAUUUGGCACUUAAGAGAAAUAGGUGUGUUCUUGUUCAUAUUCUGGGAUUACCUGUGCAGUGAUUUAUUGAUUGAGUGUUUUAAAUGUGAUUUAUUUCACACCCGGCUCAUACCAAGUCCUUUAUUAUUAUUUUGUAGCUGUGUGGAUUUUCUGCAUGGACUGUCUGCAGUUGCAAUACAGUAGCUCAGUCAAAAUGUAAAUUCCACCCAUAAUCUCUUUGGUAGGGUCACUCUAAUUUUUAGCCAAGCAUAUCUUCAGGUGAUUAAACUGUCAAUGCUCACUUAAAGAGCCUGUGGAAUUGGUUCUCCCACAAUGCUCUCACAGGCAUGCUUGGUGAACAAUUAUUGAGGCAAUAGUGACCUUGGAUGAUGAAGGGUGGAGGAAACCUGGGCACAAUUCCAUAUUGCAAGUCACAACAGUCAGUAGAUCGGUGCUGAUGUGCAACCUGUGGAGCCAAUACUGUACUACUUGAAUCUCUCUGCUGGCAUCUCCAAUCUGCAGAUUGAAUUUAUUAUGUCUUAGCAGACAGAAGUAGGAGAGCCAAAGAACAAAUCCGCUUUGAGUUGCCUGGGUUAGAGAUUGGUGGAAAUUUGCACAGUGAGUUUUACUCUUAUGGUAGAAUUUUUAGUGUUAAUGGUAUUCUGGUGUUACUGAAACCCAUGACUGAAAUAUUGCUAUUAUAUUGCUUUUUAAUUUUACUUUUUCCAGCCCACUGAAGUCUUGUGACCAGUAGCUUCACACCUUAGCGCCCUUUUACAGUUCCUGUCGUCUAAGAUGAUCAAACUGAUUUAAACAUAGAAGUGAACUGAUUAAGUGGAAUGUCUAUGCUCUCAUAUUUUGUUGUAUUUAUCAUUAAAUUCACUGCAUCUCAAGCAAAAUUAUUGAGUGCUACAGAUCUUUUUACCUACAGUAUUUCAUGUAUCGCAAAAGUUUUAUGUUAACCUGUUUUGGGGUGAGGGGGAGGGAGGACAUGAUUUCCUUUCCCAGCCUGCCCUUGUAUAUUUGAUGAAUGAAAGUUAGUGGACUUGAUUUUUAAGCCUGUCAUUUGUGUAAGAUAAUAUCUCCCCUCCCCCCCUAAAUUACAUGCAGUUUUUGCAGAGUUGGAUGUUGUUAAAGCAUUCUGAAUGUAAAACAUUCUGAACCUCAAAACAAAAACAAAAAACAAUUUGGUCCAGAUGGCAUGUAUCUAGGAUGUACUUUCCAUUUGAAUACUUUUCUUCCUUAAUCCCUCUUUUUUUUAAAUUCACAAAUAUUUCCAUUAUAAAUUCUGCAGUUGCUGUCCAAGUAGUGUUUCUCUGCACUUCCUACAUCUAAUGUAUUACUUCACACUUUUUUUUUACACUAAACUGACUUCCAUUAAUAAAUCUAUACAUUAUUGGUUAAUUCUGGUUUUGAUUUUUUUUUUGUGAUCAUGAAUUGUCCAAUUACAAAUUGUGGGUCAAGAGCAUGUGCUUCUUGUACCUACUGUGCCCAUCACUGCAAAGAUAGUGAGCUUACAAACUGCAUGCACAGAUGAAUCUUUGGCAACUUCCUUUCAGCCACUGAUUUACUCUGCUAAUAAAAAGUAAAUGCUGUUUAUUUUGAAAGACACUUUUAAAAAAUAUUUUAUUUUCUGAUAGUUUAAUAGAAUUGAAAUCAAAUGUUCAGUGUUAUUAAUUGUUGAGGACGGUUUGGAAUGAGAGCAUUCCAACUAAUUGAGAGAAUGGACAGAUGCAAAAAUCUUGCUAUUGCCUUUGGGUCAUCAUGACAUUAUGGUGCUGCCUUGGUCUAUUGUGUUUCCAGUAUAUUAAUAUAUUUCCCACUGGUAUCUAUGGAAGUGGCCAUUCUCCAGAGAGAGUGUAGGGGAGUGUGAUUUGUCAAUCUUUUACCUGACACUCCCCUGUGAUGAUCAGUGACAGUGACUUGCACCACAAAAUACAUUGGCCCUCCAAUAGUUACUUGAAAAUAUUUGACACAUUCUGUGGAGAAGCAGCAGCAUUGGCAUUGAACCAGCUAAUUCAAGCAUUCUUUGUCUCUGAUCUGUUGGAUUAAUGUUCCCUUUGGGGACUAUUUCCUUUACCGGGAGACGGGUGAGUCGGCCUGUCCCCACUCCGCCCAUCCUGCCAACUAAGAUGCAAAUUCUGCAUUGCCCUGGAGCUCAGUGGGUGAGAGCAUUUCCUGUUGAGGGAUUGAGCAACAUGUAGUGCAAAGCAUGCAAUUUGCAGUCUAACCUUGAGAUGCAGAAACAAAGAGUGAAAUUGGGUGCAUUUUCCAACUGAUACACAUCGGGGACCAGUGAACAAGCAUGCUAAAUGAGUGCAAAAUUCAUUCCAUCCCUUUCUCUUGUCAGGCACCCAGCAGCAGUGACUUUUGCCAGUUUUUAAUGAUAUAUAAAUGCAGCAAUUCGGUUUGAUAUCUUGACUGUGCCAUAAGGCAGGAGGUUCAGUUUGAAACCUGUCUCCCAACCCAAGAGUGUAACAGGUUGUUAAUUGCUUUGUGUAUUACUUGGGCAUUUAAACUCAGAUUCCUAUCUCCUUCCCGAUCACUGCAUUGUUUCCUGCAUUAACUGAUUUCAGUACAUCUUAGUGAGACAGGGAUAGUACCACAUUCAUGUUUAGCAUCACCGGUUUGGGUUUGGGCAAAUGAACAGGAAGGUGACCUUGACAUUAGCUGGAGUUGGAAUUUGGAUUUAAAUGUAAAUCUAUGCUGCCCUGCCCAGGAACCUGUGUUAUAACAACAGGCUGGCAUUAUGGGUAAAGUGCAGAAAGCUGCUGGUGUAAGUGCAAUUGAACAGCCAGAGCUAUUAGGGGAAGAAACUCAGGGUGGCUUGGACAGUGUAAUUUGUUUACAGACUUCUCUGGUGGGUAAGACUAACUUAAUGCAGCCAGUGAAUUAGAAUGGGUUGGGCGCCACUGUAACCACACUGCUGCUAAUUGAUCAUUUUUUUGUGAUUCAUUUGAGAACAGUCCAAGCAUUAAAUGUCAAUGUUUCUUUUCCAUGCAGACCCCAUAUUGGGGAUACUGUGAGGACCAAGCCUACAUCAUUCCAAACAUGACCUACAGUGAUUAUGGGACAUAUAAACACUUCUUUAUUACAAAUAACACAUUUCCAUCUUUCAAUUAAUGUUUCUUUCCACUGGCAGAGAUCAAUAUCGAGGGGUGGUGAAUAUUUGCUACGGGGAGAGAGUUUGAGUUACGGUUGCUUUACUUUGUUUUCGUACAGAAGCUAUACAUACUGACUUUAACACUGUUUUCCCUCAGUAAAUGUCAAUCGAUGUUUUAAGAUGCUCUUAUUUUUGUAAUUGUACCAUACCUUGUCGAGCUGUUGGGAUGGGGACUUAUGGGUUAAUACUGUGGAAAACUUAUUGUAUUGUUAAUAUGAAGAGAUGUACCAUCUACAACACUAUAUUCUCCAUGACAAUUAAAAUAUGCCUUUAUUUUCUGUAGCAUGUACUGUAAUGUAUGUUUAUUAUACCUAGCAAAUAAAUCACUUUGGAAAUGA